CUGGAGCUCAUAGAGAUCCAUCUGCUUCUGCCUCCCAAGUGCUGGGAUUAAAGGCCUACCGUGUGAUGACCGCCAUGGUGUGGAAACUGCUGCUGCUGCUGCUGCUGCUCUGGGACGGACCCACAUUCCAGAACAGGAAGACAAAGAUGACUUUAGCCCACCAGGCAAACGGGCACCUCUGUGAAGAACACUCAGAAUGCCGCAGCAAGUGCUGUAUCAGGACCAGCUACAGGCCAAACAAGUUCUGCUCAGCCAAGUCCAUCUUCUUGCAGUGUGUAUCUUGGCGCAAGCAAGAAGGGGACAAAUGCCAAAGCCACUCGGAGUGCUGGAGCCUGUGCUGCCUCCCGCUGAGCGAGAACAGCCCUCUCCGCUGCACAAAGAGAACUGGCCUGCUGGCCUUGUGCCUGCCAGUGGACUACAGGAUGAAAACCGUGACCUGGGAGUGUAGAAGACACAGGAGUAAAGCAAGCAGGUGCCCUGAGUCACAGGCUUUCGAUGUUUGCUUUAGAAAUUACCUCCAGUGAGUUUUAACCAGUUCAAGACCCUGUGCUGUUCUAAACGCAGCCACGAGAUGGUGCUGUGGCCUUUGCAGAGCAGAAACACCUUGGCAGGAAGGCGUCUGAGAAAAAAAUAAAACACAGGCAGCGGCAGAGCAGACUCCCUUGGCCCAAGCUUCUCUGUGAAGAUCUGCCCCGCAACACUUGUUUUUCCUGCUGAAUAGCUUCAGUUCGAGCCAAGUGGGUUGUAAAACAAACACAAGGAAGAAGGGGCCAUAGCUCUGCGGAACCCCAGGCUGGAAGCCUCUGAAGACAAAGUCGCCACAGGCAUUGGAUCUCUGCAGUCAGAGGUCAGGGUGAGGGUUGAGACAGAAGAUUGGUCCAUGGAAAGUAAAAACUGGUGGGCUGUUUCAAGAUACAGCAGGCUGGGUGAUGAUGCUGAUCCCUGGAGAGCCUGCCCAGGGCAAUUGUACCUCAGAAGUGCUUUAUGGUUUUAAUAACACGCUGGUGAAAAUGGGGGUGGCUGUUGCUCAGCACAUGUUUUAUUCAUGUCAGGAAAGACUGAAGUCUACAAUUAGCAUCACAGAACACAGCUUAGCAGGGCCACUGUCCUGUCCUGUGGGGUUACCACAAGAGCCCAAGCUGCCAGGUCACAAGAAGGCGAGGCUGGUGAGGCUGCUGCAAGAAGAGGACUUGUUCUGUGAGGCACCCAGGGGCCCCUCUUGCAAGUUUAGAGCUUAGUGUGAAGGCGGAACUGAAAAAUCUACUUGUUGACUAGAUGAGUGAGGAAAGACCCCAGGCAGCGAUGAAAAAGAGCAUGUGAGUUUAUCAGAUGCUAUGAGGCAGACACUUGAGGCAGGAGUUGCUGAAAGGCAACCUGGGAAGUUACUCAGAGCUUUGACAGCCUCUUAGGGGUAAGUAGAGCACUCAGACUUGGGCAGUUUUAUAGCUGGGGCACAGAUGGGGAGACCUCUAGUCUUCACUCACAGCACCUCCGAAUAAAGUGGGUGUUGUUUGGGGGUGAUUUCACGCAGUCGCAGCAGCUGGAGGAGUACUGAUCACGCCUCCACUUCUGAGAGCAGGUUUCUGUCCCAGCAUCAGCUACUUCAUACAGACUGCAGUUUCUUUCAGAGGUCUCUUGCUGCUACCCACUGGAUCCAAGACAAUGUCUAUCCCCUCCCAGUGACAUUUCAUCAUGUCCUAGCCCAGCCCCACGGCUCCUUUGUCUCCACGGAAGUUGGUGUCUGGUAGCUGCUGAGGAGGCUGUUGGCGGGAGGCCAGCUGCAGGCAGGUCAGUGAGAGCUGAGAGUCACACAUGACAUGGGCAGCUGUGGAGUCUAAUGGGCCAGUUCUGUUUCCCUGUUCCUCCUGAGGCUGACUGGGCAUGUCCAGACUUGCCUUGAAUUAUAGUUCUGUUGUAAAAUUCCUAAUUCCAGUGGCUUAGUUGAUGAACUCUUUGCCAAGGGUCAUCACCAGCUGUGUUGUGUCCUCAUUGCAGGGAUACUCACUGGGCCCAGGUUUUCACAGAGAUGCCCCAACAGCAGAAAGUAAUGUGAGUCUUGCCCAUCCAAGGCAAUCAUCUAGAAAGGAGUGUCCUACCUGAGAGUCAACACCACACUAAUGAGGUGCCAGUACUCGGUAAGGAUCUGUGAGGAUCUUGCAUGAGCUUGGGGCUGCUCUUCCCUUGCUCAGGUCUUGAGGAAAUGUGUCCCUUGGCUGUCUGUCCACAUGAACCCCUUAGACACGUGGAUGAUCUUAGCUAAAGGACACCCUUGACUGGUCGCUCACACCUAAUGGUGAGUUCUGUGGCCUCUUGAAGUGGUUCUGCACAGCCCCGGCAGUCCUGUGGCAUUUGAACAGGGCCCUAUGAGCAGUCCCCAAUCCCACCCUUGUCAGGGCUCUGGCAGAAGAUGUAAAAACAAAGUCGUUAAAAAAAUUAAAAAUUAAAAAAAAAAAAAAAAGACAGGGCGUCACUGUGGAGCCCUGGCUGGCUUGGAACAUGGUAUGUUCUCACAGAAAUCCACCUUCCUCUGCCUCUACUGAGAUCAAAGGAAUGUGUGAUCAUACCUCGUGGACAAAAUAUUCUUUUUUUUUUUCUUUCUUUUUUUUUUUUUUUAAAUCCCACUCAUUUCCCAGUCUUUCCACACUCACCCUCCACCCUUGUAACCUCCCCCAAAAGAAAAUAAAA